UAUGGGGUUCUGGAGAAUUAAGAUUAAAGUUUGCCCAUUCUGCUGGAAGGGUAUAUACGACUUCCUAACCCUAGUUGGUGCUCCUUUUGAAUGAUGAUGUUGCCUGAUGGCGAAAAAUAUCGUCACAGUUUUUGGUUGCCCUCAGUAAAAUGGGCAGUUGACUGGAGCUCAAUCAGGACAGUGCGCAUUAAGAUGUUGAUUUACAUUUCUUUUGCUAGUUAUUAGUCUGUUCCGGUUCCUGUAUGUUGGAUGUGUUGGACAAUGGCCAUUAAGUGAUUUUGUUCCCUCAUUUUCUUUUCUGUUUUUUUCCCCAAUUUUUUAAACCUUUUCCUAAUGGAAACAAGCCUGGAGUUCUACUCCUUUUGUGACGAAACUGUUUGCCUAUUUUGACGAAAAUUUUUACAGUAAGCUAUUAAGAACAUGGAAAAAUGAUGGAAGUGGAUAGGACUCCAAAAGUGUUCUAGACUAAUCUUCUGUUGUAGAAUCAUUGAAGUGUAGUGGGGGAUUGGGUGAGGUUAAAUCAUUUUUCCUGGAAUGUACUAUGGUGUAUUUAUUUUGAGUAUUUGCUAGGCCAGUAGGAAAAAAGAGUCUAUUUUAAAGAGGUGUAAAAUCCUCUCCUUUUGUAGUGCAUGAUGUUUUUUACGGCUUUAGAUCUGCAUUUUGAUAUUUUAGAACAUUUUUUCUUCUUUGCAAUUUUUUGAUAUUAAUAUAUUCAUUGAUGAUUGCACAGAAAGCUAUUCCUCCUCAAUCGAGCUCCGGCCGUCCCCGCCGACCUGAGAGGCCAUCACCGGACCUUGACCACCACCGCCGACCUGAGAGGCCAUCGCCAGACCUUGACCACCACCGCCGACCUGAGAGGCCUUCGCCGGAGCUUGACCACCGCCGCCGACCUGAGAGGCCCUCACCUGACCUUGACUAUCACCGUCGGCCUGAGAGGCCAUCUCCAGACCGUCGAUCGCGAGAUCCUGAACUUCCUCGCCCUUCGUCCAAGAGAAAGUAUGAAGAUUAUGAUGAUCACCAUCAUGAGGACCGCCAUCGCCGUGACCACCAUGAGGACCGCCACCACCGUGAGCAUGCCCAUCGCAGUAGCAGUAGCCACCACCGUUCAAAAUCUUCAGCUAGUGUCAAACCAUCCUCCACUGGCCCAUCCGAGCCACCAGUGGUAGCGCCACUCAAAUCCAUGGAUAAGAAGAAGGUCAGUGUUUUUUCUCGCAUCAGUUUCCCAGCUGAAGAUGCACCAGCAGCUUCAAAGAAGCGAAAGGUGCCAUCCUCCAGUGAAGUGCCAGUGAGUUCCUCGGCGAGCCACCGGGGUACUACAUCAAAUGGGUAUCACGAAGAGUACAAAGCAGCUACUGGAUCAAGGAAGAGUGCUGCUGCAAGUGUGGAUUAUGAGAGCAGCGAUGAUGAUCGGCACUUCAAAAGAAGGCCUUCAAGGUACGAGCCAUCUCCACCACCGGCUUCUGAGUGGGAGGAAGAGAAGCAGGAGGGACCUCUUCCUAGGCAUAGCAAGGGGUCAAGGGAAAGAGGAUUGAGAUAAUAUAUGACAACGAAGAGUUUGAAUUGGAAUGACUCUUGCAUGGAAUACAAAUACAGGUGGAGAAUUAUUUAUAUGUUUGCAGCUCGGUUGUUCUGUUAGGAAAUGCAAAUUCAGAAGGUGCAGGCUCUUUUGCGAACAUCUAAAUCUGGAUCUCCUCUUCUGGGUGAUCCCAUCUGCUUCGCAAACUUCUCAGUGCAAAACUGAUACUGACUUUUUGUUCGAUGCUCAAGAAAUGGGUUCGAUGCUCAAGAAAUGGGUUCGAUGCUCAAGAAAUGGGAAACGGCACAGUGCAAGAUUACUGAAAAUUUAGAUUCUUAUCCAAAAUUUAUAUUAUCUAAUGAUCCAUAUAGUUGUGAACUGCGAACGCAAAUAUUUCAAAAUAAGAUCGUGGGCUCUCCCUUAUUUUGCAAUUUUUAUAGAUUGUUUGAGAAUUAUGUGGCAUUGCAAUUUUGAUAUAUUUUAAUAUUGGUGGUUAUGGCUUCUUUUA